AGGUGCCGCUCGGCCCUUACUUUUCGGGACGAAUAAGAAAAAUAGGAAACCGUUAUCUGAUCUGACUAUCUUAGUAGCAAAUCAACCAAAGUAACUUACAGAAGCUGGAACGACAGUUGACUCCACUUCUUAAAAAUCUUAAAAUGUUUCGCAGCAGCCAGGUUAGCGGACCCAAGAGCGUGAUUUUUUUUAAACCGCUGAGUGAGUCAUCCUGUACAACAGACGAUCCCCGUGUGAACCGCCGUUAGGUGCCGAGUGUUUGCUGCAGUCAGUCAGUCAGUCAGUCAGUAAGGACCUUAGCUAACAGUUAAUCCUGACCAUGACCUGACCGUAGUACUACUGGCUUGUCCACCCCUUUCACCUGACCAGGCAGAGUGUGUCGGAGAGGAGGAGGAGGAGGAGGUGGCGGUGGUGGUGGCGGUGGCAUGCGUAUGGGCAGCAGCUGGAGGUGGCAGCUCUCCCGGGCCAUGCGACUCGCCCUGCGCUGGUGCCGGCUGUGCCGCCCGCAGAGAGGAGGAGGGCGAGGCGGGGGGAACAAACCGUGGAUCAGCGGGAGGUUGUUGGAGCUGUGGAGUUACAGCAAACUGCUGCUCAAGUCGCUGUACUACAACAGCCUCAGCAACUCAGACACCCUGCUGGACUGUGUGUUCGAACCCGUCUACUGGAUUGUGGACAACGUGACCCGCUGGUUUGGAGUGGUGUUUGUCUGUCUGGUCACCCUCCUGACGACCUCAGUCGUAGUCAUCAUCUACCUGUUCAUCCUACCCACGAUCCUCAGCACCUACCCCGUGCACUGGAUCGUCUGGCACCUCUGCUGUGGCCACUGGCUCCUCGUCAUGGUGGUCUUCCAUUACUUCAAGGCCACCACCACCUCUGCAGGACAUCCACCCAAGGACAAUGUUCAUAUUCCCUCGGUGUCCAUCUGUAAGAAGUGUAUCACUCCAAAACCGCCCAGGACACACCACUGUAGCAUCUGCAACAUGUGUGUUUUGAAGAUGGACCACCACUGUCCCUGGUUGAACAACUGCGUCGGCCACUUCAACCAUCGCUACUUCUUCUCCUUCUGCAUCUACAUGACCCUGGGCUGCAUCUACUGCAGCAUCAGCAGCAGGGACCUGUUUGUGGAGGCAUACAACGCUAUAGAGAGUUAUUAUCAGACCCCGUCUCCAGCCUACACCUUCAGUGAAACCACUGCUCACAAGAGUAUCAUCUUCCUCUGGGUACUGACCAGCUCGGUGGCGGUAGCUCUGGGAGGACUCACCCUGUGGCACGCCAUGCUCAUCAGCAGAGGAGAGACCAGCGUCGAGCGCCACAUCAACCGCAAAGAGACCAAAAGACUCAGGGAGAAGGGCAAGGUGUUCAGAAAUCCGUACCAUCAUGGCAGAAUGAACAACUGGAAGUUACUGUUUGGUGUGGAGAGAAGGAGUCACUGGUUCACGCGGGUCCUGUUACCCUCCACCCAUCCUCCCAGUGGGGACGGCAUCAUGUGGGACUGCACCUUCACCAAGAGAGACCCCAUGGCCAUCUGACCCUCAUCUGUUUAUACUCUCCCAUGUCAGAAACUUUUAUCCUGCCUAUAAACAAUAAGCUACAAACAAUUGACGUGGGAAAAGUGACCCUGUAGUGUGAGUACAUGUGGAAAGAACCACUAGCGACUCCUCAAAAAUCCCUCCUCCUCUCAGACUGUCCACCUCCGGCCUGGUACAGUCGGUCUAAUCAUAGACGUCACCACGAGCUGACUUCACCCUGCGACUGCCAUGCUGUUGACUGACUGGAUUUAUUAAAGAUGCUGCUGGCCGGCAUCAUCAUGAAGCCUCUUUACACCGUCCUCUCAACCAUUUGUAAAAACAUGCCGAUGAAUCUUUGUGUAUUUCUUACACUACAGCCUCUUUCAUGAGACACAUGAGGUGCCACAUGUUGCAUUUAUAAACAUCAGCACAUUGUAAAGUGAUACUUCAGCAUAACAGCCAAUGCUCUGACUUCUUGACUGACAUUUCCAGUCUUUUUAGAGAAGUUGAUAAAAUUCUAAACAUAGCACCUUUAAUUACUGACACUGUAUUGAUCACUGACAUAUUUAGUCAGGGAUCUGAGCCUAGACCUUGUCUGCUUUCUCUUUGAUUGUCCAUAAUAACUGUGUUUAUGUUUUAGUCUGAGGACAAAUGCAAGUGUUUCUUAAUGUGGUGGAGGGAAAUCAUGAGAUGAAAAUACAGUUUCAAAUUUCAUUUGAUCUUGUUUGAUAAAUGUCCUGUGAUUAUAUAACUGUCAUUUUCAAAAAUGUACUUUUAAAAGUUUACUACUCUGCAUGCUGACAUUUCAGGUGUGAUAUUUUGUAGUGGUGUUUUGGAGACUGGGGGCUGAUGAGAUUGAGAAUCGCUGGUCUGAUGUUCUGGUGCCAAAGAAGAGCGAAAAACCAAGAGUUUGAUUCACUUCUCUUAAUUUUCUGACUUGAAUCAUUCUAUGUUUAGGUGAAGAAAACAACCCUGCACAACGCUCAGUUCAUGUGUAACAUUUCUGUCUUAGACGCUGAGAAUAAAGAAUUGCUGCGUGCCUUUAAAUCGAGACACUUUAAACGAGUGAUAUGAGGCACUGUGAAUUCCAGAUUUUUACGUUUUUCACUCCAACAUGUUCAUAUCUGUAACUAUGACGAUUGAUGAGUUGGACCUGUAGUUGCCAUAGAAACAUGACGUGAUAUCAGCUGUAACUAAUUGGAGCUGUGCUCCUGUUUGAUUUAUUGUCUUUUUUUAAUAAAACAAGUGUUUGAUAUUUCUCA